AAAUUAAAAAAAAAACAAUAUGAAAUUAAUAUGGCGGACAAAAAUAACAAGGGCGCUAAAAUAAUAUUUUCUUUUAAUAAUAGCUAAAUAAUUUGGUGCGGAUAAAACACUAACUUGGUGUCUGUAGAUAAUGCUUGAUAAGAAUUUUAUGUGGUUGGUUAAAUUAAAGUAAAAGAAUGUCUUCGAUCAAAGUUAAUUUUGAAAUUGGUCACGAGGCGUCAAUGAGAGCGAAAACAACUCCAAAGGGGUUCACUCACGAUUGGGAAGUUUUCGUCCGCGGUCAAGAGGGUGCUGAAAUAAGUCAUUUUGUUGACAAAGUGGUGUUCCAUCUUCACGAAACGUUUCCAAAGCCAAGAAGAGUUGUUAAGGAGCCCCCAUUCACGAUAAAAGAGUCAGGUUAUGCUGGGUUCUUUUUGCCAAUAGAGAUUUACUUAAAAAAUAAGGAUGAACCGAAGAAAAUAAAAUUUUCAUAUGAUUUAACACUGCAACAGUGUGGAUGCCUUAAGGACCGCUAUAUUUUCCAGAAUCCUAAUGAUGAAUUUAGAAGAAAGUUGUUGAAGGGUGGUGGCAUACCUGUUAUAAAUAAUGCAUUUUAUACUAAUCCAGAUCAAGAAAGUAGAAGCCGAGAUUCCUUCACAGAUGAAAAACAGCAGCUAGUUAGUAAGCCAAAACAUUCUUCCGAAAAUACAAAAAAAAUGAAAGCAAAAGAAUACAAGGAAGAGAUUCCUCUCAGAACAAGCAGCUUUGAAACACUUUUUGGAGCACCUAUACAAAAACCAUCAAAAGUUUCACCUGAUCCAAAGAAAAUUGAGAAAAGUUUACCACCAGUUAAGUCGGAAAAGAAAGACAAAGAAAGAACAAGUUCAGAAAAGAAAUCAAAACAUGAACACAAAGAAGCAAAACAGGAUAAAGUUAAAAAUAAAGAAGAAAGAGAAAAACAAAAAAUGGAAAAAGUUAAAAACCAUAACAAAGACCAGGAAAAGAAUAAGGACAAACCUAGUAAAAGAUUAAAUGAAAGACCACCAUCAACCGAACCACCCAAGAAAAGAUGCUCUAGCCCAAGUCGUAAAAUUCCUAGCCCUAUAUCACGUUCUACUAGUGCAUCAAGUAUUAAAGAAGAAUACAAAGCUCCUAAGUAUGGCAUGGAAAAUUUUGAACAAAAAAAAACAAAAGAAGAACGGCCACCUGAUAUGAAACCAGAAAAAGAGGCUAAAGAAAAGAAGAAAAAAGAGAAAAAAAGUCAUGACCGCGACAAAGAAAGGAAAGAAAAAAAGGAACAUAAAAAAGAAAGCCAUAAAACUAAAGAAGCUCCUCCAGAACCACCCAAAGAAAAGUCUAGAGAGGUUCUUAGAGAGAAGGAAACAAAGGAAUCACCUGUGAAAGAUAAACCACUAAAACCAGAAAAGGCAUUAAAUAAAUUUUCCAUUGAAAACCUCAAGAAAACACCCCCACCAGAUCGAGAUGAACGUAUGGACACUUAUAAAACAAAAGAGAAAGGAGACUCAGAAAAAAAACAUAAGCAUAAGAAAAAGGACAAAAAGCGUGAUGAGUCUAAAGAAAAGCACAAAGAGUCUAAUAAAGAAAAGAAACACAAACAUGAAAAAACUAGAGAAUUAGUACAAGAAACAAAACCUGAAGCCAUUGAACAUAGAGAAACACCAAUAGCAAAACCAGAACUUGCCUCUCCAAUAUCAAUUGAUACAGCAUCACAGUGUAGCUCAAAGAGUGGGUUGACAAAACCAAUCCUAAUAGAAACUGAAGAUAUUACCAGUAGUCACUCUGAAUCUGAAGCAUCUAUUAUUAAUGAUGAUGAGGAAGAUGAUGAUGUUAAGAUGAAAAUUGAACAUCCAUCACCUGAGACAGUUGUAAAGCGGGAACCAUCUCCUGAACCUGAGCCAGAGCAAGAACCGGAGCCAAAUAAACCUGAAUUAAUCCCAGAAUCUGUUCAGGCAGCUCCCCCUACACAGCCAAAACCAAAAAAACACAAAGAUAAAUCAUCAAAGAAGGAGGAGAAAAGAAGAAAACGAAAGGCUGCAGAAGAAGAAAAUGCAAAUCGCAAAGUUGCCAAGCCGGCUGAUUCUGGUCCUUCUAGUCAAGACAUUGAAAGGGGAGAAAGUAGUACAUCUUUAACAAUGGAAACCAAAGUACAAGACAAUGGUGUUUCAAGCAGUCUCGGUGAGGAUGCAGAGCCUGGUGACUUAUCCCCUGAUUAUAUGGUUCAAUUGAGGGGUCUGCAGCAACGAAUAAUGAUGAUAAAAAGCAAUGAAGAUCUCGAGAGGGUAGUAAACCUAAUAGCAGAAACAGGGAAGUAUGAGGUGACCACUCAAACAUUUGACUUUGAUUUAUGUCUGUUGGAUCGAUCUACAGUGCAACAGUUGAUUCAAUUAGUGGGAUGCUAACUACUCAUACAUAGUAUUGUUGUGAAAAUAAUAAUGUAUAUAUAAUUUGUACAGAUAUUUAAGAGUUGUGAACAGCAAUAUAGUAUAAUCACUGAUAUUGAGUUAUAUCAAUAUAAUAUAUUUGUAAAAUAGAGAAUAAGUUACAAAUAAUCUCAUAUAUAAUAUACAAAUUACACUUAAAGUUUGUGAUUAUUCUAAAGAAGUUAUAUGUGCAAUAUUGUAGGCAUGUAAUGUAAAAAUGUAUAAGACUGUUGAAUUUAUACUAGAAAAGCCUAUUGUAUAUUUUGUACAGUAUUGUAUACAUAAUAAUAUAUUAAGGAAUAUAUCUAUAGUUGUUGUCAAAGUUUUUGGCACACAGCCAAAUGGUGUGUCAUGUUGAGAUACAUCUGUGUCCCGCAAACUUUGGCGAUAACUAUAGUGAUCAUUCAAGGUUGUAAGAUAUCUGGUGGGCUGUAUUAAUGUGUGGUUUCAAUCAUAGUUUUAGCAGAAAGAUUUUAUUCGUACACAAAUUUUAACGCAUUUUACUAGGUUUUCUAAUAUAUUUAAUAGUAGCAACAAUCUGGCACUGUUAUUUAUUUUGAUACUUCUCAAUUUACAUCACAUCUCUAUGUAAGUAAUUGUGAUUUGUUGCAUAAUUUAUUUAAGUUGCUCACUAUGUAUUUGUUACGUAAAUUAUUUUAUUUAUCUU